CUGCAAACCCUGGCUGGUGGCUCCAGUGGAAUCUGAGGAACAUGGAGCCAGAACUGACUGCUUCCUUCGUUCUGUCCCCCAAUUCUGAGAUUUUAAUCAGGAGCCUGAAAGAGAGCAGAGCUCUCAUUACAUGGGAUUAUGCGGCCACCCCCGCCACCCUUACCUUUUGUGAUGGUCUCCUUUUUAAAAAAAGCUUUGAGGGGCACAAUUUGACUAAAACUGGCAGGAGAGAAUGGGAGGCUAGGACUUCCCACUCCCUCCCCACUCCCCACAUAAUUUAAGCACUGAGGAGGCAGCUCAAAACACUCGAAAUUCCUGUCAAACUCUGGGACCUGGCAGCCCGAGAGUGAAGAGUGGGACUUCUCUCAGAAGGGAGAGGGCUCAGCUGCUUAGAACAGAAGGCCCGAGAACUAGGCCUUUCAAGUACUUUGGGAAGGGAGGGGCAACCCAAGCUAAAACCCAUCAAAGCACUGCCUUCAAAAUCUGUUUUCAUUCCAGGGCGCCACCUUGGACCUUGGAACGUGUCAAGUUUCUCCAAGCAUCUGAAAUUCAACAGGAAAAGCUUUGCUUAGCCCAGAGGUACAAUGACUAGAAAUGCUUUGCCUGUUAGAUAUCUACCUGUUACACAGUGGUGACAGGCACAGCAUUUCUGUCCAUUAAAAAGGUGGCAACCUUCCUGGAGGUUGCCCUCUCCCGAUUCAUGCCCCCUCCCACCUAAGCCUUCCCUUCACAUAUAUUCCAAGUUAAUCACACAUCCAACCCAUGACUGAGUUGGUUAUUAACCAUCUGUGGCAGCAGGGGGGAUCCUUUGAGGAGCUGCCCCAGUAGGUUUCUUGGCUUUACCCACUUGGCUGUGGAAAAUCCGGAGCUUGAGCCACCAUGGAGCAGGAAUCGCUGAUCACCACACCGGAGACCCCGUCUAUCAGCAAUGCUGCGGACAUUUCUGUCAUCUGCCUCUACUUCCUGGCAGUCAUCGGAGUCGGGCUGUGGUCCAUGUGCCGGACCAACCGGAGUACCGUCGGGGGAUAUUUCUUGGCUGGUAGAAACAUGGCAUGGUGGCCGAUUGGCGCCUCUCUCUUCGCCAGCAAUAUCGGCAGCGGGCAUUUCGUGGGCUUGGCAGGCACCGGUGCAGCGAAUGGCCUGGCCGUGGCAGGAUUUGAGUGGAACGCUCUCUUCAUUGUUCUUCUCCUUGGAUGGCUUUUUGUCCCUGUUUAUCUCACAGCUGGGGUCAUCACGAUGCCGCAGUACCUGAAGAAACGCUUUGGAGGCCAGCGAAUCCGUCUCUACCUCUCCGUCCUGUCCCUUUUCAUGUAUAUCUUCACCAAGAUCUCGGUGGACAUGUUCUCUGGAGCCGUGUUCAUCCAGCAAGCUCUGGGCUGGAAUAUUUAUGUGGCUGUCAUAGCUCUCUUGAUCAUCACCACCAUUUACACAAUGACAGGUGGGCUGGCGGCACUGAUGUACACAGACACAGUCCAGACGUUUGUCAUGGUCAGUGGAGCCUUCAUCCUCAUGGGAUUUGCCUUUAAUGAAGUCGGCGGCUAUGAGGGGGUAUUUGACAAAUACAUGGGAGCCCUUCCUAGUCGGACACUUUCCCCUGCCCCAGCCCUCUACAACAUCUCAGCCUCCUGCUACCUACCCCGUGAGGACUCGUUCCACAUGAUCAGAGAUGCUGUCACUAGCGACCUGCCCUGGCCAGCUGUUAUCGUCGGUCUUUCCAUCAACUCUCUCUGGUACUGGUGCAGCGAUCAGGUCAUAGUGCAGAGAUGCCUGGCUGGGAAGAACCUCACCCAUGUCAAAGCCGGAUGCAUCCUUUGUGGCUACCUCAAAUUGCUGCCCAUGUUUCUCAUGGUUAUGCCCGGCAUGAUCAGCCGGAUCCUGUAUCCAGAUGAGGUAGCCUGUAUUGUGCCAGAAGAAUGCAGACGAAUAUGUGGCACCGAAGUUGGGUGUUCCAACAUCGCCUACCCCAAGCUGGUGGUAUCUCUAAUGCCGAGUGGCCUUCGGGGGCUCAUGCUAGCUGUGAUGCUGGCCGCAUUGAUGAGCUCUCUGGCUUCCAUCUUCAACAGCAGCAGCACCCUUUUCACCAUGGACAUCUACAACCGCUUGAGGCCACAAGCCAAUGACAAGGAGCUAUUGAUAGUGGGCAGGGUGUGGAUCCUGCUAAUUGUGGGGGUCAGUAUUGCAUGGAUCCCAGUGGUGCAAGCUGCCCAGGGCGGGCAACUCUUUGACUACAUCCAAUCCAUCAGCAGUUAUUUGGCCCCACCCAUUGCCGCCAUCUUUCUUCUUGGUGUCUUUGUCAAAAGGGUAAAUGAGCAGGGUGCAUUCUGGGGACUGGUGGGGGGGCUAGCCAUAGGCAUGGCCCGGAUGAUCCCAGAAUUCAUUUACGGAACAGGCAGUUGCCUCUUCCCCAGCAGCUGCCCUCGGCUGAUCUGUGGCAUCCACUAUCUGUACUUUGCCAUUAUCCUCUUUUUGGCCACGGCUGCUAUUAUGAUGGCUGUCUCCCUCUGCACCUCACCUAUCUCUGACAAAUAUCUGCACCGCCUGGUGUUCAGCCUCAGGCACAGUAAGGAGGAGCGGGUAGAUCUGGACACCGAGGAAGAGGAGAUGGAGAAACAGAGGGAAGCUGCACGGCAACAGCGUCAGGAAGAGGCAGAGGUGGCGGCAGCCAAGAAUGGGAGGCUGGAGAACACAUUGGAGGCAGAAGGUGAGGCAGCCACAGGUGUGGUGUUGGAGGGUUGGUUCUGCGGGAUAAGGACGGGAAGCCAAGAACAGCCCGAGCCCAGCCCCGAGGAGAAAGCCGAGGAGCUGAGACGCCUCACGGACAUUGCAGAGCACCCCACCUGGAGACGCGUCGUCAACAUAAACGCUGUCGUCAUGAUGGCCCUCGCAGUAUUCCUGUGGGGCUACUAUGCCUGAGCGCCAUCAAUCCGGCACAUCAGUAGGACUUCUAACCUCUGAACCUGUUCCAUAAAGACAUCUGGACAUGCCACACACACACACACACCCUUCAGCCUCUGAGGAUCAGCAGGAGCAAAAAGAUGGAAUCUGAGUUGGUAGGGACUUAUGGACUCAAAGGUCAUCUUGGCCCACCCACACCCACAAGCGAGGAUCUUUCAAGCCCACUGAAAAUCAACUUGUGCAAUGCUGACCAGAGUGUGUGCAUAAGCAGGUGCAAGAUAAAAAGGUCCUCUUCUGAAGGCCUUCCUGAGGUCUCUUGUGUCCCACUUCACCCAGAAUCAUCACCCCAUGUUAAGACACAUCACAGAUUCUAUGGGAAAUAAACACAACCUAAUGUAACCCAGCACUGGGAUUCAAGCUGCAUGUAAUUUGCAGGAAACAGCCCCUUUAAGGGUAUGUGUUGAUUUUUGCUAGGAAAAUAGCUUGAGGGGAAAGAGUCCCUGCCCCUCAGGACUGUGGUCCUCAGCAGGAUCUCUCCACCUGUCAGCUAUUUUUCACUUCUGAUGGUGAGCACAUUUCUUAAAAGUACAUCUAGGUGAACAUCUCAUUUAAACCUGUAGACUCAGCACCUAAAAUGGUUUCAGUUCUGUUCAUACGCAUUCCAGUGGUUUGAGCAAGACAUUCCAUCUGCACAACUGCUUAUCUAUAUUGCCUCCCUUGUUAUAUGCAGUUGUCCAGACCCCAUAUAUCUAGUUGUCCCAACCAACCAACCAACCAACCAACCAACCACACACACCCCACAAUGCACUCCUCUGAGCAUUUUCUCCAAGGCCACAAACCCCUCACAGCCCACCGCACUAGUGACCAUCCAAAGUCAGGCUUUUGGAAAACAAAGAGAUGGGGUGGGGGACAAAAAAUAAACCCUACUCUGAAAAAAUG